AUGGUAAAACUGUCAAAGAGUCCUGCUUUCCAGUUGAGUCUGAAACAGAGGAUAGUAAAAUAUUUCCAGCCAUGCCACACCUCUAUCAACUCCAACUCCCACAGCCUCCAGCCGCCGACCGUUCUGCCUCCUCUCGCCGGUUGGGCUCCACCGCCGAGCUCUGCCGCGCGCGCUCCCGCUCCAACGGCUCGCCCCGCCCACCGGCCCCGGAUCGGCUCCGUCCGGCCCCGCCUCCACUCUGUUCGGUUCCACUCGGCCCCUUUGGGCUCCAAGUUAUGGCUGCGUCCACCCCGCCCACGUGCAGGAGUCCGCUGUCUUCAGCGCGUGGAAAAAGGCGGGUCACCAGUUCCCCCAGCGGGGCGGGAUCCAGUAGUUUGCUCCAUCUGGCUCAGCCCUCUUGGACCCACUUUGACCCACAUCGGCUCGGUUAGGCACAGCUCCGCUCCACCAGGCCUCUUUGAACUCCUAGGAAACCACCUAGUGCGUGUGUCGCCCCUCUCUCCCCUGGGCCGCUCUGGGGGAGCUCAGAACCAAACCACCAUGGCCAGACCUCGGGAAAUGUCGGUCACCGCGGACACGCGCAAGCUGAGGGACGUGCCUGAGUUCUGGAGUAUGGCGGACGGCAUCGCUGCCGCCCCUGUACUCGCAACUGGACGACCUCAGACCCCUCUUCUCACUGGGGAAUCUUCAGCUGCCUCUGCGGAAGAAAAUCUUGUAAUUUCUUACUAGAGACAGAGUCUUACUUUACCGCCUUCAGUAGAGUGCCAUGAUGUCACAGGACUCACAGCAACCUCUAGCUAUUGGGCUUCCACAAUUCUCCUGCCUCAGCCUCCCAAGCAGCUGGGAUUACAGGCGCCUGCCACAACACCCAGCUAUUUUUUGGUUACAGUUCAGCCAGGGCUGGGUUUGAACCGGCCACCCUCGGUAUAUGGGGCCGGCGCCCCACUCACUGAGCCACAGGCGCCACCCUACAGUGUAAUAUUUCUUGAAGGUGGUAACUGCUUAGGUCUUUGUCUAGGUGGAAGGGGGAUGAGUGACAAGUAGUGUUUAUGGAGAAAAUACUGGGUAGCCAGCACUGUUGUGACUGACUUAAGCCAAGUUACCUAAUAAAUUAAUGAUUUAAUUUAGGGCCAGAUUGCCACCAUUUACUCUCCAUAAACCCAAGCGUGGAAAUAAUGAGGGACAUGAGAGGUUGCCACUGGAGCACCCAGCCCAGCCUGAAGCAGCAGCAGAGAGAAGGUCUCAUCAGCAGAAUGUCCAGUCAUCAGGACCCUCCUGGGGGAUGGAUAAAGUGUGUAGGCCCGGAACAAAAUGCACCCAUGCGGGGGUUGUCUCAGUAAUGAGGGGAGGUGGUCUAAAGUCUGGGAUUGUUGCCACCUGUGCCGUGGGGGUCCUAAUCAUCCUGGCUUCCUUCUGCCCAGAAUACCUCCUGGACAGUUCCUGAGGAGGAGCCCCCAGACCCACCUCCUUCAGAAGCUGCCCUGAUCCCUCAACAGCAGGUGACCAUGGGUGGGGCUGUGCACAUCCAUUUUUUAUACCUGUGAACAGGUGGCUGUAUGUAGCUAGUUAGGUCCCUGUCUCAUCUUCCCAGCUGGGCAGCAAGGUCUUCACAGUGUGGGCAUCUGUGUCUGAUCCAUCUCUGGCAGCACAGUGGGCGUUGGCCAGAUGGCCAGCAUGUGGGCUGAACAGCAAGGAACCCACAGGGGCAGAGGCAGGAGUUGUGAUGACUUCUGUGGCAAACUGGAAGACUCAG